GUCUGGAGUGCGCCUAUCGCUGCCAGGGCUCCUCUUGCGCCCAGCUUUGCACAGGCGAUCGCUGCGGCUACAGCUGCCAGAGCGGCAGUGGUAGCGAUCAGAGCUGCGCCAAGCAGUGCAAGGGCGAGGAGUGCGGUGCCAAGUGCAGUGGGGCUACUUGCGCCAAGGGCUGCGAGGGUACCAAGUGCGCCUUCCA